AUGCCGGGGCUAAGCAGGGAUAGGUUCAAGCCGCUCCUCAGAAUCGUGAACAACAAGCCGCACGCCUCCAGUGACGACCACGAAGAACCUCCUGUACAGCCACGAAAGGAGUCUGGCUUCAAGACGACGAGACCGCUCGAGACGUCGUCGUCGUCGUCGUCGCGACUUGCGGGAGACUUCAAGAAGAGGCCCGAGAACCAACUGCCGCUGUCACUUCCCCCUCGAGAACCAUUGAGAACGAGUCCACGAAAGCGCGAAAGAGUGAUCGAUCUCUGUGAGGACAGUCCACCAAAGAAGUUGAAACUCGGAAACAACGAGAACGUAGCACCUCUGCUGAGUCGGAGAAGCCAGGCUGAGAAGUCUUUGCCGAGUCCUGAGUCUAUCGAGAGGAGAAAGAGGAGGGUUUCGAGGAUGCAGACCGAGACGGACUUUGAGGCAGAUCCACUGAGUAGUAGUGAUGAGGAGCAGCAGCCUUCGAUCGUCGCUGGGUCGCUGAAGAAUACGGGCAAUGGAAGCACAAGCACGCGGGGAAGGAGUGGUGUGGGCAGCGUGAAGGCUCCAGCAGGCGGGAAGCCUGGUUGUGAGAAGAGCACGAAAAGAACGAGAAGUAAUACUGGAGAUGAUGCCAAACCGGGAACGAGUGCUGGUCAGGGGGCUGCAUUCAAGCGAGUGGAGGAACCGAAUUUCUUGAGCUCGAGGAAGAACGAUUCACGUCCCCAGGAACAAUUCCGGAAGCCUAGAGAUUUGGACAAGAUUGUGGGCGACGAAGAGCUGGAGGAUGAUGAUGAUGACGAUGACGGAGCUGUAUUCGGGUUCAAAAACAUUCAUGGGCCUGAUAACAAGAAACGGAAAUUCAGCGGUCUUCCACGCUGGGCACCAAAGCAACAGGUCACUUACGCGAAGAAACAGCCCUUGUACGGAACGACAACGCGCAGAAGACCGCACAUACGACCUCCUCCUAAAACCAAAAAGGCCCCAGAAGCACCGAAACCGAGAGCGUCUUCAGAGGUAAGAUUCAAAAGACAUGACUUGGGUCCUGGUUUCUCCUCGCAGUCCACCGCUGGUGUAACAAGCUCUGCCCCCGAGCCCGGCUGCGGGACGAAUGAUCCUCCUUCUCCAUUGCGCGAUGUAGAAUCUGAUGAGGCAGAGCCCGUAUCUGUUGACGGCUUUAUCCUAGUCCGGUGUAGUAUCUGCAGUAACCUUGUGAAGAAAACGCUCAGAGAGACAUAUGAAGAUCAAACCCUGCUGGGCAGACCUUGGACAUUUAAAUGGCAACAAAGAUUCUGCACAUGGCAUAAAAAGCAGACAGCGCAGGAAAUGUGGGAUGAAAAGGGUUAUCCAGCGAUCAAUUGGGAUCAGUUACACCAGCGUAUGCGCAAACAUGACGAAUUCUUAUCUGAUAUCUUGCACGACCAAGUGACAUCGGACCAUCGCACCAGAUUGCAGCGGGAUACCAAACAAGGUCGCAAACGACAAAAAGAUAUUGUGGAAGGUACCAGCAAAUUCACCAUGGGCUACUACGGUCCCCGGGGUGAGCGACGAGUCCACGAAUACAUUAUGAACCGCUUCGCCAACGAUUUACGCCAACGAUCGAUCCACGACAAACUCAUUCUCGCAUCCGGCAUCCAAGGUGGCGUCAACGGAUUCGUACAUCUUGUUUUGGCGCCCCAUCUCGCGGAGCUGCUGGUGAAAGAAGACCUUGGCCUUCCGGAUGAAGACGAUUGGGAAAUUCGCGCGCGAGAAGUUCUGGCGGAUAGUACGGAGAUUGGAGAGUUGUUGUGGCCUGAGGAACAGGAUAAAGUUGGAGAGGAUGCGUAUCAGGAACAUAUUGUUGAGGAGGAGGAGGAGGAGGAGGUGGAGGAGGAGGAAAGUGAUGAGGAUGUGCUCAAUGUCGAAGACCCUGAUGAGAGUAAGCUUGAGGACGAAGUCGAAGUCGUGGAGAUUGACUGA